AUGUCUGAACAAAUCCCCGUUGAAGAGUACCUACAACUAAUCCACAAUGCUUCUGCAGUGAUUGGGUCUAAAUUAGACCCUCACCCCAUCUUAUCUCGUCCCAGAGUCAUGAUUAUUUGUGGAUCAGGAUUAGGUGGAAUUGCAAACACAUUAGCUUCUGACCCCAUAAUUGAAAUCCCAUACUCAUCAAUCCCCGGUUUCAAAACAUCUACAGUACAGGGCCACGCCGGGAAGUUAGUAUUUGGGCUCAUUGGCGACAACAAAGUCCCCGUCAUGUGUAUGGUUGGUCGUUUACAUUUUUACGAAGGUUACAGUUUCCAACAAACGACAUUCCCCGUUCGUGUAGCUUCGGAGUUGGGUGUUGGAACCGUUGUCGUUACCAAUGCCGCCGGUGGUAUCAAUCAACUGUACAAACCGGGUGAUUUAAUGGUUAUUGAAGAUCAUGUCAAUUUUCCUGGCUUAGCGGGCUGGCAUCCAUUACGUGGUGCAAAUUUAGAACAAUUUGGCCCGCGAUUCUUGCCAUUAUCGGAUGCUUAUGAUCACUCAUUACGCAAAUUAUUUGUUGAAAAAGCUCGGGAGUUGAAUGUAACGAGACCAAUUCAUGAAGGAACAUAUUUCUUUGCUGCCGGCCCCACAUUUGAAAGUCGUGCUGAAGUUCGUGCAAUUAGGACAUUGGGCGGGGAUGCUGUUGGCAUGUCAACUGUUCCUGAAGUUAUUGUUGCUCGUCAUUGUGGCUUGAGAGUGCUUGCAUUGUCAUUGAUUACCAAUGCUGGUGUCGGUGACAAACCACCAAGUGCAUUGCAUCCGAAUCCUGUGGCGUUGGAUGAUGGAAUGGCUAGUCAUGCUGAAGUGUUGCAGGCUGCUGAUGAGGCUUCAAAAGAUGUUGAGAGGAUAAUUGAGGCAACUAUAAAUCAAUUAUAG